AUGGCCUCCAAGGAAGACGCACGACCCCAAGCUCAGCCGCCGGAGGAGCGGUGCCCGGUGGAGGAGGUGGCGUUGGUGGUGCCGGAGACCGACGACCCCUCCCUUCCGGUGAUGACAUUCCGGGCCUGGUUCCUGGGCCUCGCCUCCUGCAUCAUCCUCAUCUUCCUCAACACCUUCUUCACCUACCGGACGCAGCCGCUCACCAUCUCGGCCAUUCUGAUGCAGAUCGCCGCUCUGCCCCUCGGGCAGUUCAUGGCGUCGGUGCUUCCCAACAAGGAGGUCAGGCUGCCCGGGAACUGGAGCUUCAAUCUCAACCCCGGGCCCUUUAACAUCAAGGAGCAUGUCAUCAUCACCAUCUUCGCCAAUUGUGGGGUGUCCAUCGGCGGCGGUGACGCCUACUCCAUCGGCGCCAUCACUGUUAUGAAGGCCUAUUACAAGCAGAGCUUGAGCUUCCUCUGUGCUCUCAUCAUUGUGCUCACAACACAGAUACUGGGUUAUGGAUGGGCUGGGAUGCUUAGGAGGUACCUGGUGGAGCCUGUUGAGAUGUGGUGGCCUUCUAACCUUGCUCAAGUUUCUCUCUUCAGAGCUUUACAUGAAAAGGACUCGAGAUCGAAAGGACUAACGAGGAUGCAGUUCUUCCUUGUAUUCCUUGUUGCAAGCUUCGCCUAUUAUACCUUGCCUGGCUAUCUCUUCCCCAUCUUAACAUUCUUCUCAUGGGUCUGUUGGGUGUGGCCUCAUAGUAUCACUGCUCAGCAGAUUGGAUCAGGUUAUCACGGCCUUGGAGUUGGUGCCUUCACACUUGACUGGGCUGGUAUCUCUGCUUACCAUGGCAGCCCCCUGGUCACUCCAUGGUUCUCAAUUCUCAACACAGCUGCCGGUUUCAUCAUGUUCAUCUACAUUAUCAUGCCUUUGUGUUAUUGGAAAUUUAACACCUUCGAUGCCCGGAAGUUUCCCAUAUUUUCAAAUCAACUCUUCACUUCUACAGGGCAGAAAUAUGAUACUACCAAGAUAUUGACACCUGAUUACGAUCUCAAUAUAGCUGCAUAUGAAAGUUAUGGAAAACUCUACCUCAGUCCUCUCUUUGCAAUCUCCAUUGGAUCAGGAUUUGCCAGAUUUACAGCAACUAUUGUGCAUGUUCUUCUGUUUCAUGGCAGCGAUAUAUGGAAGCAGAGCAAAUCAGCAAUGAACUCGAUGAAUCUAGACAUCCAUGCUAAGCUGAUGAAGAACUACAAACAAGUUCCUCAGUGGUGGUUUCUCAUUCUACUAGCAGGAAGCAUCAUUCUGUCACUCGUAAUGUCAUUUGUGUGGAAAGAGGAAGUGCAACUUCCUUGGUGGGGCAUGAUAUUUGCUUUCGGAUUGGCCUGGCUUGUUACUCUUCCUAUUGGAGUCAUUCAAGCAACCACGAAUCAGCAACCUGGAUACGAUAUUAUAGCACAAUUCAUGAUUGGAUACGUGCUUCCUGGAAAGCCCAUUGCUAACCUGCUUUUCAAGAUAUAUGGGCGAAUAAGCACUAUCCAUGCCCUUUCCUUCCUCUCUGACCUCAAACUUGGACAUUACAUGAAGAUUCCACCAAGGUGCAUGUACACUGCUCAGCUUGUGGGAACUGUGGUUGCUGGAAUCAUGAACCUUGCGGUGGCAUGGUGGAUGCUAGAAAGCAUCGAGAACAUUUGUGAUGUCGAAGCACUGCACCCUGAUAGCCCAUGGACUUGCCCGAAAUACCGAGUGACAUUUGAUGCUUCAGUAAUAUGGGGCCUCAUCGGGCCCGGCCGCCUCUUCGGGCAUGGUGGUUUAUAUCGGAAUUUAGUGUGGUUGUUCCUCAUUGGAGCAUUCUUGCCCGUCCCUGUGUGGGUACUAAGCAAGAUAUUCCCAGAGAAGAAGUGGAUUCCUCUGAUCAAUAUACCAGUCAUCUCUUAUGGUUUUGCUGGAAUGCCUCCGGCGACCCCAACAAACAUAGCAAGCUGGCUUAUCACUGGAACCAUAUUCAACUACUUUGUUUUCCGGUACAGGAAGGGGUGGUGGCAGAAGUACAACUAUGUACUGUCAGCAGCAUUGGAUGCGGGUACAGCAUUCAUGGGGGUGCUUCUGUUCUUUGCUCUCCAGAACGAGAACAGGAAUUUGAGUUGGUGGGGCACAGAGCUUGACCACUGCCCACUGGCUUCAUGCCCCACUGAGCCAGGAAUUUCAGUUAAGGGAUGUCCAGUCUUCUAGAUGACUAGGCUGACUUCACUUUGUUUAUGCACUGAGUAUGUAGAUUUCAGAAGAAACAUGCAUGUCCUUGAUGCUUGGAUUACCAUGAUCUUGUGAGUUUACCAGAUGAUUGAUGAAUGGAGGAAAAUGCACGGCUUGACGGCCGGGCACUUAAUGAAAAGUUCUAUGAAGAUUCAAAAGGUCUCGGUUCAUGAAUUGUCGAGAUCUUUAGUUUUCCCUCCAUCCUCUAGUGGAAGGACCGUGUGUAGAGGAGAGUGAUCUUUGGCAAUUCCUUCUGUGGCGUUGGAAGCUAGCUAAACAGAGCGUAGAUUGUUGGAUCGAAUCAGAGACUCUAGUAUACGAAGGGGUGGAAGUGCAUCCAUUCUGACAUAAUUUUUCUUCAUUUAUUAGCUUCAUCAUGUAGGGUUUUCUAGAUGGUAGACAAUUUUUUUUUUUUUGGGUUACAUGGAAGACAACUUUGCUGA